AUGGUGGCAAGUGGGGCCGUGGUGGUAAAUGGGGCUAUGGUGGCAAGUGGGGCCGUGGUGGUGGCAAGUGGGGUGGUGGCAAAUGGGGCCGGGGGUGGUGAGCGUGUCCGGCCUCACUGCAAGACGAAGGGACGAGCGGCCUUGUAG